CUGGCAUAUGAAGGUGCCUCCCUCCAUCUCCAUCAGGCCUCCUGGAUGCUCAGCAGCUGCUUUGUCGAGCUGUCCUUGCAGUAAGGAUGGGAGACAGUUUUUGGGUGGACAUUAGAGUUGGCUGUGCUGGCAUGCAGGAGGUGUGAAUGGAGGGAAGGACAGGCAGCAUGGACUGGUGCUGUCAGUCUGGAUGCAUCCUGGCCUGCCUCCUGUGAGGGCAUCUUCCUUUCAUCCCUCCUGCCCCUAUCUCUGAGCUCCUGUGUCUCCACAGGGAAACAGUGAUGGUGACUAGCUGUUGGCCAACCUUGGCCUUACCUGAAAGCUGUGCUAAAGGCCCUGCAGCUUUCUUAUGCAGCCCCUGCUUGCUGCACACCCCUCCCCUCUGCUGGCCCAGACACUUCUGCAACUCCAUGACAAAACUGCUCCAGAGAGGGGCAAGCUCAGCCCAUCCUUGCCUGCUACUGUGGACCUGGGUUCCAGCCAGUGUUAGCUAAGGCUGUGCCAUGGCCAGACCUCCACUGUGGCAUCCACAGCUGUCAGCAGCACCCCCGGGCCUGUGUCUGUCACAUGUGUGCUACUGUUGUCACUUACUGCAGAUCAGGGUCACACAGGACUUCUGCUGGCAUUUUCACACCUGUGAAUAAGCUGACUGUAAGAUUCACAGCCCUUGUUACAGCUUCAUUAGGCCACAUCACUUUUAUUUUUACAGCAGGAUGAUCCACUGAUAGCUGUAAAGCCGGGUAGAGAUGAAGUACAGAUGGCUUUCACUUCAGGCUGGUUUUACAAGGUCAUUCACAGCCGGGUGAGAGUGCAGGCCAUGGCCAAACCGGCAGUGCAGGUGGUGACGCCGCAGUGGCAGACCCUCUAAGCAGGAACACUUUCAUUCUCCCUGGGUUUUAAUUUGCUCUUUAACACCUAUGUUCACUGGUGUGCUAGGGUCACUCUGUGCUCUGAGUGUGCUUGUGAGCUGGGGUGGGCAGUGUGUGCAAGCCAAGCUCCGCUCCCUUGUUUACUGGUGGAAAUUUGAGCUGGGCAGGUGACGGCAUCUGAGCCACAGCUUCGUCGCUCUGUGCUAAUCGCUGUGAAUGUCACAACAGAGCCAGGUCUGCUGCUGGGGGCAGAUUGGGUAGCAAUGGAAUAGUGUUGUACAUCUCAGUUGUGGGAUUCUAUUCCCUGGGGUUUGGAGCCCCUCUGGGCUGCAGCUCCCACUGGGAUGCAGGUGCCUUGUCCUCAUCAGGAGUUCUCAGCUUGACUGUAUAAGCACUAACAAGCAAUGCAGAUGUAUGGGUGUGCUAUGGACUUGGCACUUUCCAUAUUUCCUUGCAGAGCUUGGCAGGGUAGUAGCUCUCCUUGAGGAUGUAUAGCUCCUAUCGGAUCCUGCAUGGGAUGUUCCAUCUUCUACAUCCUCUGGCUGAGAUGCUGCUGAUCUGGCCAGCAAAGAUGCUGCUGUAGAUGACUGACUGUGCCUCAAGUGCUAUGGCUCUACAUGGCGUCUGCAGGACCAGACCAUGCUAAUCUGGGCCCCAAAGAGCAGAAGAGCAUUGGGCUGGAGUCAGGCAGCCUUCCGGCAGAAAGACCUCAGCCCUGCUGGCCCUGGCGCCUCGCUCAGCAGCAGGCGAAACCCGUCUGGAAUUUAGAGAAGAGAUAUGCGAGCGCUUUCCAGGAUCGCAUCCUGCUGCCCUCAGGGAUCCCUCUGCAGCAAUCCUGCUUCUUGUGCUCACCAUCACUAUGCCAUGCACAGCCCACUGAAGACAGCCUCCAAAGCCCUCCAGAUGCUGGCUCUGCCGCGGGAAGGGUGAUGUCUUCUCUGCUGAUGGAGCCCUGCCUCUUGGCAGAGGAGCGCUCUGGAACUGGAGUUGAAGGCUCUGCCCUCGGCUCAGGUCAGCAGGCUGCCAGCUCCUGUAGACCAGUGCUCAAUAACAACUCCUUCCUACGGCCAAGCAGUGCUAAAGUGCCUUUUCUACAGUCACUGAAGAUGAAAAAGGUGGAAAACACCCGGAGUUUUCUUGCUGCUUCAUGGUCCCUCUCCGGGGAUAGUAGAGACAGCUUCCCUAGCAGCCUGAUCAACAGGGCAGUACCGGACACCAAUGUUGUGCCAGAGAAAAACAAAAUCCCCUCCAAUACUCCUGUGCCAAGCAGUGUGAUCCUCAGGAAGGAUCAGUGCUCGUUGGAGGAUGCUGAGGGGAGAUCUCACAGCUCAAAAGAGAAGGCACCGGAGAAGAGCCUCUUGAAGGCUGUGCAGCAGCUACCUACUCAGGCUGCCACACACAGAGGCUUUGGGUGCCAAGUGGAAAGUUCUGGCCUUAUGAAUGUGGGCAGCCUGUCCAACCAGAACAGCAGGAGGAGGCAAUCCACCCAGAAAGAAACCAUUGCUCCCCUGAGCUUGGAGCUGGGGAGCCAUGGCCUUACCAGUAGCUCGAGCCUCAGGGGCGCCUGUGGAGCCGUUGCCCGCGCUGGGCGGAUCAGUGUCUGUCCCUUGGCCUCGCGUGCCAGCGCUCCUGGCUGCAGCACCGGCUGCUGUCCCCUGGGUUUGCGGAGCCCUCUCUGUGCCGGGGACCACCUGGCGAGAACAGAGCCGCCGCUCUUUGCUGCCAUCUCUGAAGUGGCAGCACAGGUGUCCACCAUCCAGCUGGAGGAAGAAGAGAAGCGGGCCCAGGCUGUGGUCUCAGGAAAGCUUAACGCUACUGCUGAGAAGUCACUGCUGGAGCUGAGCCAUCCCCAGGAUGAAGCAGAGGAAGAACUUCCUGAUGGCCUGGAUGAGAGCUGCAGUCAAGAGGAGUAUGAGGACAGUGACUCGGAUGCUUCCUCUGAUGCUGAUGUGUUGUCCAGCAGCAAGGUGGCUCCUGCAUCCAGGAAUUGCAUCGAGUGCCUGGCUCAGCCUGCUGAGGCUCAAGACAAAGUGCUCAAACCAGCCCUUGUCUGCAGUUUAUUCCCUAAUGUGCCUCCAACUAUCUACUUCAGUACUCGGGAUGAGACAGUGGAAAAGCUGCCUUGGGAGCAGAGGAAGCUGCUGCGAUGGAAAAUGUGCAGAGUCACGCCUAACAUAGUGAAGCAAACCAUUGGCAGGUCUCACUUCAGAGUUAGCAAAAAAAGCAGUGACUGGCUGGGUUGCUGGGGGCACCACAUGAAAUCCCCUGGCUUCAAAGCCAUCAGGGAGCACCAAAAGCUAAACCACUUCCCUGGUUCAUUUCAAAUUGGAAGGAAGGACCGUCUGUGGCGCAACCUGUUAAAGAUGCAGGCUCGCUGUGGGAAAAAGGAGUUUAAUUUCUUCCCUCAAUCCUUCAUCCUGCCCCAGGACAUCAAAUUGCUCAGGAAAGCAUGGGAGGAAGGAGCUAGCCGACAGAAAUGGAUUGUGAAACCACCAGCAUCAGCAAGAGGCAUUGGUAUCCAGGUCAUCCACAAAUGGAGCCAGCUCCCCAAAAGGAGACCACUGCUAGUACAGAGAUAUCUGCACAAACCCUACCUCAUUGGUGGCAAGAAGUUUGACCUGAGGAUCUAUGUUUACGUCACUUGCUAUGAUCCCCUCAGGGUCUACCUGUUCAAGGACGGAUUGGUUCGCUUUGCCAGCUGCAAGUACUCCUCCUCAAUGGAUAGCCUCAGCAACAAGUUCAUGCACUUGACCAACUACAGUGUGAACAAGAAGAACACGGAGUACAAAUCCAACUCAGAUGAGACUGCUUGUCAGGGACACAAAUGGGCACUCAAGGCUCUCUGGAGUUACCUGGCCCAGAAGGGAGUUAAUAGUGAGGCCAUCUGGGAGAAGAUUAAGGACAUCGUUAUCAAAACCAUCAUUGCUUCUGAGCCGUACGUGAACAGCCUGGUGAAGAUGUACGUGCGCCGGCCGUAUUGUUGCCAUGAGCUGUUUGGGUUUGAUAUCAUGCUAGAUGAAAACCUCAAGCCCUGGAUCUUAGAAGUCAACAUUUCCCCAAGCCUCCACUCCAACUCCCCACUGGAUGUGAGCAUCAAGGGCCAGAUGAUUCGGGACCUCCUCAACCUCGCUGGUUUUGUUCUGCCCAGCAUGGACAGUGUGGCUCCAAGGACACAGACAAGAAGUGGCUCUACCUACAGUCUGGGCAGUGCUGUGAAGGAGAAGUCCAAGCCAAUAUCUGAGCAUUUGAGAGCAGAGAAGAUGAAGAAGGCCUAUUACUUGAUGCAGAAGAUACCUGACCAGGAUUUUUAUUCUUCUGUCUUGGACAUCCUGACUCCAGAUGACGUCCGCAUCCUGGUGGAGACAGAGGAUGAGUAUUCCCGGCGCGGGCAGUUCGAGCGGGUGUUCCCCAGCCACAUCUCCAUGCGGUACCUGCGCUUCUUCGAGCAGCCCCGUUACUUCAACAUCCUGGUGACCCAGUGGGAGCUCAAAUACUACUUGAAUAGACACAAAGGUUUGGAGCUGCUGAAGAACUGGUGUGUCAAAGGGUACCACACUGGGGCAGGGACGGAUUUGGCCCAAAUGUGGUCAUUGCCAAAGUCGUUCUUCCUCCAGAAGAGUAGCAUUCAAUCAAAUGGCUUCAGCAAACUGGAACUGGGCAGACUGGGCACAUGCCUCCCUUCAGCUGGUGAGGAUCUCACAAGAUGCCUGGAGCCCAGCCCUACUCAGAGCUUACCUCUCAACAAGUGCACUGAUGGAGCCAACCAGAGACCUGCUGGCUGCCUCUCUGACACUGCCCUGGUGAUGUGACCAAGCAGCCACCGUCCCUCCCUGGGGACACAUCAACCUACCUCAAAGGAAGAGACAGGAGCUGGCUCUGUAGAGCAAGGACUGUGGGAGCCCUUUGCACUGCACACUUUUUUGGUGCUGGUUGUAGAGAUGUUUUCCUAGGCAAAGAGGAGACCUGUGUGACUUCAUUUUCUAAAACAAGUGGCAAAGCUUGAGGAAGUGGGGGUUAUCUGGCCUUUGUCCUAGACUGUUCUAAAAGCCUGACAUGGUGGUUUCUUUGCUGUGUGGGGGCUGGCUGAGCCUGUCCUUGUCCCCAGUCAGCACAGGCUGAGCCCUUGCUCGCCUGUGUCUGUGUCCUGAGUUGCUGGCAGCUGAGCCUGCUCUUGCCCUGCUCCAGCCUGGCCCCUGGAGAUAAGUCCCCAGUCCUCAUGCCUGGCAGGGAGUAAAACUGCCCAGUUUUAUCCUUUGUGAAUGUCUGUGCCAACAUCCUGCCCUCCCCCAGCAACAGGCCCUGCAGGAGACCUCAGGCUUGCACAUUGCAGCUCCAGAGAGUCCACGGGUACCAGUGUGGCUCCAGUUUGUUGUGGGGGCAGUGGGGCUGCUGGGGAGGGAGCAUCCUUCUCAAGGCCAUUGGCUCUCUGGUGUGCCCUGCAGCAUGUGUGCAUAGACUGCAGGCUAGUGCUCUUCUCUUGGGUCUGCUCUCUAUUUUCCCUUUGUUUCUGAAGGAUUUCUAUUAAAUUUUAACACUCAACUGC